CAUCAUUUUCCCGUGGAACCUUCAGUUGACACCCUAUCCUUUUAUGUUGUGUAUAUGUGUCAACACAUUCAGCCGCGCUCGGUUGAGUGUUAUCUGUCCAGUAUCGUUAGCCAGUUGGAACCCUACUAUCCGUCUAUUAGGGAGAUUCGGCAAUCUCAGCUUGUACACCGUUCUCUCAAAGGUUCGGCUCGGCGCUUUGGUCAAGUGGUAGUCAGAAAGCAGCCGUUACUAAGGGAAGACUUGGUAUGGGUUGUGAACACUAUCAUUAGACCACUGUCAUUUGACAAUCAUCUCUGGCUUGCCCAACUUCUGGUCGGGUUUUUUGGUCUUAUGCGGCUGGGCGAAUUGGUAUGGCCUGAUCAGCUUGACCUUCAAGAUUAUGCCAAGUUGUCUCAGCAUCAUUCAGUUUGCUUGGAUACAGACCACUUCUCAUUUCUUUUACCCCAUGAUAAGGCCAACAUUCGGUUUGAGGGGAAUCAAGUUCUGAUUCAGCAUUCAGUUGGAGAGGAUGAUCCGCUCACACCUUUCGCGACGUACCUCAACAUGAGGAACUGCAAGUUCCCUCUACAACCUUUCCUUUGGUUGUGUUCCAAUGGUAGACCGCCCUCUCGGGUAUGGUUUAUCCGCCGGCUGUGUCACUUCUUCGAUGCCAGAAUUGCAGGACAUUCCCUGCGAGCAGGUGGCGCAACUUCUUUUGCUGCUGCUGGUGUACCUCUGGCCAGUAUUCAG